ACUAAUAAUUGCGUAAAUUUAAAAAAAGUUAAAAUUCCAGACAGGAAGCAUAAAUCCAUCAAAGUUAUCAAAUUUUCUCUAUAAAAACGGCUCUGAAAUUCUGUUCAACACACACUUUCGCCGUCUUCCGAUACUACAGUCCUACAGACAAACUUUUCAAGAUGAUGAAACUCGUAAUCCUCGCCCUGGCCUGCCUGUCUCUGGCAAGUGCUGGCUUCAUCAAGCCUUAUGGUUAUGGCGGAUAUGGCAGAGGAUAUGGUGGAUAUGGCGGCGGCUGGGGAGGAAUGGGCGGCGGCUGGGGAGGACUGGGCGGCGGCGGGGGAGGACUGGGCGGCGGCGGAGGCUGGGGAGGAUUUGGCGGCGGCGGAGGCUGGGGAGGAUUUGGCGGAGGAUAUGGCGGCGGCUGGGGCGGCUUAGGUGGCUUUGGAGGCAGAUACGGCGGCGGAUACGGAUACGGCAAGAAAAUGUACUAUUAGAUCUGUACUAGAACGUUGGCUGACGGAUAACUUGGACACAUCGUGAGAAAAAACAUAACUGUGUUUCAAUAUGAACUCACCUUACUAAAAUUGAAAUUAAAAUUUGCAUUCCUAA